CGUCACGCGGGUUAAUUUUACGCGCAGUACGCGUGUGAGAGGUAAACACAGUCGAGACCUGCCGGACGCAGCGGAUCGCAAUCAGCUGAGGCUGCGGGGGCGACUCACGUCGCGCGACGGGCGGCAUGUUUCCGGCUUACGCACACCUGUCGGCUUACGACAGGCACAAGAAACUCGUCAACGACUACCUGACGGUCUACGGGAAGUCGGUGUCGUCGUUCCAGCGAGACACGUCCCGAGACAAGACUGAUCACGAUGUCAUCAGAGAGAACCACAAGUUUCUUUGGGAUCAAGAGAAGGACGUUCCGGACACGUGGGGUGCGAAAUUAGCGAAGAAGUACUAUGACAAAUUAUUCAAGGAGUAUUGCAUAUGCGAUCUCAUGUAUUAUAAGUAUAACAAGGUUGCUCUGAGAUGGAGGACCGAGAAGGAAGUAAUCGUUGGGAAAGGACAGUUCGAGUGCGGCAGUAAAACGUGCGGGGAGAAGGAGGACUUGCGUUCUUGGGAGCUUAAUUUUGGCUACGUGGAACACGGCGAAAAGAAGAACGCGCUAGUAAAAUUAAGACUUUGUCCGGAAUGUUCGGUGAAACUUAAUUAUCGAUCACAAAAGCGGGAGGUGAAAAGGGGAAAAGCUUUGAAGCGUUUAGACGUUUAUUCUGAAAGUAACAACGUGCCUACUGCAUCCAGCAAUCCAGAGUCAGAUAACAAUGCGGAAAUAGAUUCCAGCUCGGCUGAAAUACAAAGCAUUGAGAAUACUGGUGCGAACGAGUCGAAUAUCUGGAAAGAGAAGCCAACUGAAGAUGUAGAAAAGACAAGAGAGAAAGAAUUUGAGGAAUACUUGGCAGAUUUGCUUAUGUGAACACGAUUUUCAUCAUAAUUUAUUUUUUAUUUGAAGUUUUAUUGUAAAUAUAUAUUAAAGAGUAGUUAUAUUUCUCAUAUAUUCGUUUCUUGCUUAUUUUCUUGUAAGAAUGUUGCACUGUACAGCUGUUAGUACAGCUAUACUGUAUAGUAUUAAUAAUAAAAUAUUUAUAAUACUUCAUAUACGAAAAA